AUGGGUGUCAUUGAAUUGUGCGUUGAAGUAGAUGUUGUCGGUGCUUCUGCGUUGAAUUCGGCAAAUUCACUAUUAUCAUGUGGGAAUAAUAUAGUGGGCAAUGAAUCAAAAGUUCAAAGAUUUGCAAUAAAUUUAGAUGAUGAUUCUGACGAUGAUGAUUACAUGAUAUCUAAUUCAUAUGUUGAGGACUCGUUGGAUGAGCAGGAAGAUAUCGAUGAUAUAUCUGACACAGAUGAAAAAGGUGGAAGUGGGACUGCAUUUUGGGAAUCUGCUUCUUAUUAUAGUAACAUUAAUUGGAGUCAUCCGGAUGAAGAAGACAUCCGUGGUUUCGAUAUGAGAUCAACCUUCAAUAUUGACCAAGAAUUAUUUAUACAGACCAGCAUAAUUUGGGUUCUGUUUGGUGCUGUUUUGAUUAUUAUGGCACGUUCUCCAGACAAGAUAAAGAGCAUCGAUGGCUCAAAAGAAACUCUUAAACUUAGUGUGAGGAUCAGUGAUCUAUGGUUUAUUGGCACGCCUAACAAAUCUGAGCAAGCUGAAAUGGUGUUUGUGGACUCCGAUGGUGAUGAGAUCCACGCUUACAGAGUGUGUGAUCAUCAAUUUAAAUUGGUGUUUAUUGGGGUUACUAUUGUGGCUGACCAGUUUAAACCUGGACUAUUGGUUGAUGUUAUUGGUGUUGUGGAGGAGGUUGUCUUUCGACAAGUUUCAGGAAAAGGUAGAAGGGUAGUCUUCAAACUAAAGGACUUGAGCCAGCAAUUGCUAUCUUGCAUUUUGUGGGAUGAUUAUUGCUCACAGUUUUUGAAGUUCUUAGAUGAUUAUGAAGGUGAUGGCCCAAUUACAGUUCUAUUGAGCCAUUGUAGGAUCAAGGAAGCACAGGGAUCUUAUCCUACAUCGAUCAACAAUUCUUUCAAGGCUUCAAAGUUAAUUAUUAACCAGCCCGUGAUGGAGAUUCAAGAAUUCAAUGAACGGCUUGUAGAGUUAGGCAUUGAGGCCCAGUCAGGUUUUAAAUCCCAUGGUGAAGAGAGUACACAGCUUUCAGGUUCUAUCCAAUUAUCAUCAAAAGAAUCAUUCUUUGGCAAGGCUGAGGCAAAGACUAUUGCUGACAUUAACACCAUCUCUGAAGAAAUUGUUUGUGUCAUUGUUGGCACAAUUACUAGGAUUGUUCUGGACAAUCAUUCAUGGUAUAGGCUUGAGGUGAUGAUCAACCAGGGAAAUGAAAGUACAAAAUUCCUGCUUUGGGACCGUGAAUGUAGUGAAUUAAUUGGUCAAUCAGUUGAUGCAAUUAAUAAGCUUAAAAUUGAAGAUGGUGAUGUUGAUUUGAAUGCUUCACCCCAAGCACUUGAUAAGCUGUUGGGUUAUGAACUUGCUUUCAAGAUAAAGGUGCAACCCAAGUUCAGGAAUUCUGCUGUUUUGAAGUGUUCAGCUGACUCGAGCUUAAUAAAUGUUGUGAUGGAUAUGCUAGCUGAUGCUGAGACAUCUUCAAAAAUGAAUAUUCCAGUUUCUAAUUCCAAUCAUUCUGCUCAACAUGAAUCUCAAUCCCUGUCUGUGACAACAUACCAUGAUCCACUGCUUGGACUCCCCUUGACGCCUACAAAGCGGUAG